GUUUCAAAAUGACACAUUUCCUUUCUACUGAGUGACGAGAGACAGUUGGAGUGUCUUUUAUACCAUCUUUUCCAUAGGUUUUAUUUAUGCCGUAAAACACUGACAGGUUAUGGAAAUUCAGCACUGGAUGAAAGAUAGAGGACUUUGUUAAAGUACAAGAAGUUAAUUUGCUAAGCCGAGUCCUUGUGAAGAGAUAUGGAGACUGUGUUUGGACUGUUGGUGAUCUUAGCAGGAGUGUCUCAUGGCAUGGAGAGCCCCUGUGAUGCUAGAGAGGAUGGAGCUCAGUGUUAUGGAGCUCUGGGAGGAACUGUCUAUCUCCGGCUGAUCACCAACGCCAGUGGACAUCAGGUUAGAUUUUGGAAGGACCCAACUGGUGCUAAAACAGAGAUACUCACAAUGAGAAGAAACAUGUCGAUAACAAAAGGGCCUAUUAAUGGCAGGUCAGAGUUCAUUAUAAACAAGGGGAUAUUCAGGAUAGAUAACACAGUAAGGAAUGAUUCUGACAAAUACUGUGCUGAAACAUUUAAUGCAAAUGGAUUAUUAUCGGGCUCCAGAAGACUACAACUGUUCAUUGAAGCCCCUGUGACACAGGCUAAGCUGUCCUCUAAGUGUCUGUCUCAUGGAGAGAUGAGGGUAUCCUGCUCCUCUGAGGGGGACAGUCCCCAGUACAGCUGGACUUUGGAUGGACACCCACUGAACAACAAUGACAACUCUUUUGGUGAGAAGACAAACUCCAUCACACUGCAGAAAGGCCUGUCUGGGGAUCUCAACUGCACCAUCAGAAACAAUAUCAACAGUGUUACUGUCAACACGGUAAUCUUACCUUGUCCAGAGAUCAUAGGGACGGUAGCAGGGUCUCUGGCAGGCAUAUUCCUUGUCCUAGUGAUGGUGUUGGCAGUUUACUGUGUCCAGAAGAAAAAGAAACCUCCAAAGACUUCAGCUAAGGAUGACAGCCAGGAUGUGGAAUACACUGAUGUCAGGAUACAAAAGAAGCAGAUGAGACAGAAGGAGAGGGAGGCGCUGGUGGAGCUGAAGGACAGACAGGUGAAAGUGGCGGGGGGUCCCCAGCAGACGAUGGAGGUGGAGUAUGGACAGAUUAAAACAUUAGAGGGUCCCUGGCGGAAGGUAGACACACCUGAAGAGGAGGACUGUGUGUACGCCAGGGUACAGAGAGGCCAGUGAGCAAGGUACUGUCUAGAUAGAAUAGAAGAGGCUGAGACUUUAAUCACUCGUUGCCUCCCAAUAAUCUCUCCUUUCUCCUAAAGUGUUGACUUGUUCACUUCCCUUCACGUAUUUCAAAGGAAAUGAAUGUUAUAUGGCAACUCCUCGUUGCCCAUGCCUAUACCAAUCCAAUUAUUUUACAUUUGUGGGGAGUAGUGAAGGAGUGCACACAUCUGGAAGGAGGAGAAAUUAUUGGGACGCAAACCUGAGGCCCAGAGUUGAUACAGACGACAGCUAUGUCUAAUUAUGUUGUCUUACAGUUACAGCUUUGUUUUGCAUGUUCACACUUUAGAACACAUAUUGUCUGUUUCCAAGAAGUGGAUACAUCACUUCAGUUUUUCUUUAUCAAGUUUUAACACAGAAACAAAAACAAGAAACGGCCCUUUUUCAAAGAUAAUUCGUGAACGUGCCUUAGGCAUGCUGCAAGGAGGCAUCAGGACUGCAGAUGUGGCCAGGGCAAUAAAUUGCAAUGUCUGUACUGUGAGAAGCCUAAGACAGCGCUACAGGGAGACAGUACAGACAGCUGAUCAUCCUUGCAGUGGCAGACCAUGUGUAACAACACCUGCACAGGAUCGGUACAUCCGAACAUCACACCUGCGGGACAGGUACAGGAUGGCAACAAUAACUGCCCGAGUUACACCAGGAACGCACAAUCCAUCCAUCAGUGCUCAGACUGUCCGCAAUAGGCUGAGAGGCUGGAAUGAGGGCUUGUAGGCCUGUUGUAAGGCAGGUCCUCACCAGACAUCACCGGCAACAAAGUUGCCUAUGGGCACAAACCCACCGUCACUGGACCAGACAGGACUGGGAAAAAGUGCUCUUCACUGACGAGUCACGGUUUUGUCUCACCAGGGGUGAUGCUCGGAUUCGCGUUUAUCAUCUAAGGAAUGAGCGUUACACCGAGGCCUGUACUGUGGAGCGGGAUCGAUUUGGAGGUGGAGGGUCCGUCAUCGUCUGGUGCGGUGUGUCACAGAAUUAUCAGACUGAGCUUGUUGUCAUUGCAGGCAAUCUCAACGCUGUGCAUUACAGGGAAUAUAUCCUCCUCACUCCUGUGGUACUCUGCCUGAAAGGCUCAUCCUUAAAUGACCCUCCAGCAUGACAAUGCCACCAGCCACACUGCUUGUUCUGUGCGUGAUUUCCUGCUAGACAGGAAUUUCAGUGUGCCGCCAUGGCCAGCGAAGUGCCCGGAUCUCAAUCCCAUUGAGAAUGUCUGGGAUAUGUUGGAUCGGAGGGUGAGGGCUAGGGCCAUUCCCCCCAGAAAUGUCCGGGAACUUACAGAUGCCUUGGUGGAAGAGUGGGGUAACAUCGCACAGCAAGAACUGGCAAAUCUGGUGCAGUCCAUGAGGAGAUGCACUGCAGUACUUAACACAGCUGGUGGCUACACCAGAUACUGACUGACAGACCCCCCCCCCCCCCCUUUGUUCAGGGACACAUUAUUCAAUUUCUGUUAGUCACAUGCCAGUGGAACUUGUUCAGUUUAUGUCUCGGUUGUUGAAUCUUAUGUUCAUACAAAUAUUUACACACGUUAUGUUUGCUGAAAAUAAAUGCAGUUGACAGUGA